AUGAUCGCAACUGUCCGGGGUCUCCUCGUUGCUUCUGGUCUUCUCGCCAUUGUCCUCGAUGUUCGUGGACGUUUCGGCCGGGCACUUCCCAUUGUCCUUUGGGCGUCUGAUUUUGGAGGCGCUGCCACUGGCGGCGUUACUGCCAUUGCAGACCAUGCAAGGGGGCGAGACCCAACUUCGGAGUUUAAGUACCGUAUUAGGUAUAGAUACCAAAGUCACCGUCCGAGGAGAGCAAUCCUUGAAUUUCACACUACAUCCCUGAAAGAGCUGACUUUGCCUAUCCGCGCCCCGUCAACACCGGCCAACUUCAAACCCGUGUAUUUCAUGAUGUAUUCCAUAUUUUCACUUAUGUCUGGAGAGCUCCACCUCCCACCCAUCCCGAAACAUAACCUACAAGUUGUACCUUCGGUAUAA